AUGUCUGGAGUCUUUAUGCUACAAAAUGCUAGCCCCGAAGUUGCUCGUGCGCGGUUGUUGUCGUUUUUCACACCAUCAUCUGUUCUCUCUGGGCCUUUGGUCACGCCGCCACCGUCAGCAAUAGAAACAGUGACACCUGCAUGGUCGAAGCCUCGAAUUUGGUCGCAACAUGCGACCGCAUCCGUAUGCCCUAAGAAUAAGUCUGCAUUGGUGAUCCACUCGCCGGCUAUAUCUAUAUCCACUACGGGAACAGAGGCGACAACAUCACCUCAAACUCAUAUCGAAGGUCCUUCUUAUACAUCUACGUCGCACUUGGGUUAUGCAACUCAACCGCCUGCUUCGAUUGAGGAAUUAUACUCAAAUGCACACGAGUGUAUGCAUGCCCCUUUGACCGUUCCUGUGGGUCUAGUGAAUCAGGGAAACUCUUGUUUUGCCAGUGCCGUACUUCAGAUGCUUGUUUUCUGUCGACCAUUGUAUAUGUUUUUAACGCAAUUGCGCAUGAUGGUACCCCAAGAUCUAAGUAAUUCCACGCCGCUCCUUGAGGCUAUCUUUCGCUUUUAUUCUGAAAUACCUGUCGUAUCGAAACAGUUGUAUGGUCUAGUUGAAAAGAGCGUUGAUCCGAUUUUGCCCGAUUACAUCUAUGAUGCGAUGCGACUGCAUAAACGCUUUGAUUUGUUUCAACUUGGUCACCAGGAAGAUGCCGAAGAGUUUCUUAGUCUCAUCCUCAGCACCCUGCACGAAGAAGUUGUCCUUGUGUUUGCUCGGGCAAUGCAACGAAAAAAGUCAUCGGCAUCGUUGCAGCAGCGAGCGCCGAAAAAAUCAGUCGCCAUGGGUGAUCCAUACGCAGCUUACCCGCCGCCUAUGGAGUCAGACAAUUCGAGCGAUGAGGAAGACAUUCUUGCAAUGGAAGUUCAGCGGCCACCUAGUCCCGAGCAAGAUGAAUGGCUAGAGGUUGGUCAGAAAGGCAGGACCAGUCUUACUCGUACCAGUGGUAAUACUGACACACAUUCACCGGUGACACGCAUGUUCGAUGGCAAACUGCGCAGCACAUUGUCUUGCCCAGGAGCGAAGACAAGUGUCAUGGUUGAGCCUUAUCGCUCAUUGCCAUUGGACAUCCAAUCCUCUCAUGUGCACACUAUUGAAGAUGCGUUACGUCAUAUUACGGAGCCUGAGUUGAUAUCUGGUGUAUGGUCUCCACAGCGGAAUGCGUAUGUUGACGCAACAAAACAGGUGCGCAUCGAGGCACUGCCUCCCGUCUUGGUUCUGCAUCUGAAGAGAUUUGUAUUUGAUGAAUUUUAUGGUGUUCAAAAGAGCACGAAGCCAAUCCAUUUUGGCAUGUCACUAGAAAUCUCACCUGACAUUUUAAGCACACCCUGUCGAAGAGCGUGUUCAUUGACAAAGUAUGCGCUAUUCGGCGUUGUGUAUCAUCAUGGACGCCUCGCCUCCGGCGGUCAUUACACUGUCGCAGUGCGACGCCAAGACGAUUCAGGUUGGAUUCACAUUGACGAUACCUAUGCAUCGCAGAUAUCUGCAGAGGAAGUAAUGUUCACGGGCCAUAGGUCCUCCACACACAAUGGCCAGGCGUACUUGCUCUUCUAUCAAAAAGUCCCUCCGAUCAUGUGA